GCAGAAACAGGGCUUGGUUCUGUGAGUUCGGAUCCACAUCCUAGCUCAGACUGCGACUGGAGAGAGACGCUCGCAGGAGGUAUCUCAGGAGCAUCACUUCCACUGAGCUUAUGUUGGACUCAACAAUUCUACUGUAGCCGCUACAAACCCUUAUAACAACAAAAGGAAAGGACAACAAAAUGGGACGUUUCGCAAUUGCAAUUUUACUGGCUGUGAUGUCCUUUUACGCGUGUGGCAGCGUCGAGGGCCUGGCCAUGAGCGAGGUGAACGGGCCCGGCCUUCAGGUGGCAGAACCGCAGAUUGCAAUGUUCUGCGGCCGUCAGCUGCUGCAUAUGAACCCGCAGACGGGACAGUGGGAGCCGGAUCCUCAGGGCCGCAAGGACUGCUUCAAAGAUCCCAGUGAAAUAUUGUCUUACUGUCAGGAGAUGUACCCAGCGCUUUCCAUCUCCCACGUAGAGGAGGCAAAAAGUCCUGUGAACAUCCCUUACUGGUGUAAGAAAGGCUGGAGCCACUGUCAGGCACGCCCCUUCAUAGUGGUGCCCUUUCGUUGCCUAGAGGGUGAGUACGUGAGCGAGGCCCUGCUGGUUCCGGACCGAUGCCGUUUCCUCCACCAGGAGCAGAUGGACGCGUGUGAGAGUUACGUAUACUGGCACAACAUCGCCAAGGAGGCGUGCACUGCAGAUAAUCUGGAGCUCCACAGCUAUGGGAUGCUUUUGCCUUGCGGAGAAAAUUUCCGUGGCGUGGAGUACGUGUGCUGCCCAGGUCGAAGCAGUUCCAGCAGUAAAGCGGAACUCGAGGAGCGGGAACUACUCACUGGCCACCAGACGCUCAAUUCAGUAAUCAAGGUAACAGCACCCACCCCAAGCCCUUCCCCCGAUCAGGAUCUGUAUGAGACAGACAUGGAGGAAGAGGAUGAUGAGGUGGUAGAGGAAGACGAUGAGGAGGAGGAAGAAGAUGAAGAUGAGGUUGAUGAGGAACCGGUGGAGGUGGAGGAUGAGGAGGAGCCAAUCGCUGUGAGGAACCCAGAGAAGUACGAAUACCCCAUCGACUCCGGUCCCUACCAGACCUCGGACUACGUGGACUCGUAUGAAAAAAGCUACAAGCCCACAACCUCGGCCCCUCUGAAAGGAGACAGCGUCACUACCCCCCGGCCCACAGAUGGCGUCGAUGUUUAUUUUGAGCGACCAAUCGAUGACACAGAGCACGCCAACUUCCUGCGUGCCAAAACAGACCUGGAGGAGCGGCGAAUGAAGCGCAUCAAUGAGAUCAUGAAAGAAUGGGCAGAGGCAGACAACGAGUCAAAGAAUCUUCCUAAAUCAGAACAGCAAGCCCUUAAUGAGCACUUCCAGUCUGUGCUGCAGACUUUGGAAGAGCAAGUUGCCGGCGAGAGACAGAGGCUGGUGGAGACUCACCUGGCCAGAGUGGAGUCCAUUCUCAACAACAACCGCCGCCUGGCCCUGGAGAACUACCUGACCGCCGUACAGUCUGACGAGCCGCAGCCGGAGCGCGUGCUGCAGGCGCUGAAGCGAUACAUGGCCGCCGAACAGAAGGACCGCAGACACACACUCAGGCACUACCAGCAUAUUGUCGCCGUCGACCCCCAGAAGGCUGAGCAGAUGAAAUUCCAGGUGUACACUCACCUUCAUGUGAUCGAGGAGCGGAUGAACCAGAGUCUGGCGCUGCUCUACAAGGAUCCCAUCUUGGCCGAAGAGCUUCAUGAUGACAUCCAAGAGCUGGUGCGUGCAGAGCGGGGGGACAUCAGUGAGCUCAUGACCACCUCCUUCUCUGAGACCCACACCACAGAGGAGCUUCUGCCUGCCGAAAGCGAGGAGGAGAAGGAUGACGAGGAAGAAGAGGAGAGAGAAUUCCAGAACAGACCUUAUCCUCCCCACGUUGAACUGCAGUCUAAUAAGAAAGAUGAAUAUGAUUAUAGCACAUCAGAGAGGGGUCCUACUUAUGAAUACGAGGAGAAGGUAAAGAUCAACACCUCCGUGGAACUCAAGCAGGUCGUCUACAAGCCCGACGAGAUCGAGAGAGAUGAACUGCAACCUGACACCUUGGAGACGUUCAACCGUGGCGCCAUGGUUGGUCUGCUGGUGGUGGCUGUUGCCAUCGCCAUGGUAAUGGUCAUCAGUCUGUUGCUGGUGCGCAGGAAGCCGUACGGCACCAUCAGCCACGGCAUCGUCGAGCAGGUCGACCCCAUGCUGACCCCGGAAGAACGACAGCUCACCAAAAUGCAAAACCACGGCUACGAGAACCCCACUUACAAAUUCUUUGAGCAGAUGAACUGAGUUCCCGCAGGGCCGUCAGCAAGUCGACCACGGCCAGCGACGGGAUGGUGAUGGUGAUGGUAAUAAUGGCGCGCCAACCUCUCCACCACCCAGUGAUGGAUUUACAACAUUGAGAAAAUAUCACUUAUCCGAAUAAGCUCGCUCGUUAUUCCAUAGAAUAUUGUAAAUGACCAAUGAACAACACGAGUCAUCAUUAGCAAAAUGUGAAUAGUGAAUGAUGAAUUCCACACCUGUAGUCUUCAUCGGAUUAGAUCCUGCUCCCAUCCGACCAUCAAGAGUGGCAUGACAUGACCAACCGACACACUAGAAAAUGAAUGGUAAUGCUUUAUAAUAUUUUUUUUUACCCCCCCCCCCCCCCACUCCAUACACCCCAUUUCACUUCAAUAAUAAAAUAGAAUAAACUACACCAUCAAGCAGAACCUCUGAGAACCAGCCCUCAUUAAUUAGUUGCUGGGAUUAAAUUUAAAUUAAGCGACUUUUCCUGGAUUCCUUCCUACCGACUCGUCCGCCGCUACCCGAAUUAACCUUAAAACGCAAUCAACUCCCGUUAAUUCAAAGCAUGAUGUAGUCAAUCGGCGUAAUUCUUUGCGUUGUUCCCGUCACACCGCUACCCCGUUACUGUAAAUAACGUCGUCGUUUGAUGUGUAAUGGAAUUAGCCCAUCCACCCGGUAGUUCAUUGUGCUGUAACGAGAAGGAGAUACAUUUUUCCUUACAUGGCUGAUUGAAAACGGACUGUUGUUUAAAAAAAAAAACGAAAAAAAAACAGAAAAAAAAAAAAAACAGCACAAGACGACACAGUAAAAUUAUUUCUGAAUGUAUUUAGGCUAGAUGUUAAGAUUCAAUUCCCUUCAUUAUUUGUUUAUUUAUUUAUUUUCCUUUUCACCCACAUUAGAGUAGUUACAUGUUAGUUAGGACAUGCCUGAUGCUCCCGUUAUCAUGUAGCGCCUUAGUCGGAAAGCAAAGGAAGCUGGAGGUGUAAAAUACUGUAGAACGCAGUAUAUUUCAUGUCAGUGUGUGUGUAUUCAAUCCUAAAAAAACACAACACUUAGAUAUACAUACGUGGUGAUAGUAUACGCCAUUAAGUCAUCUUCGGGACUGAAACAACUAUAGACGCUUUUAAGAAGUUCUUUUUCCUCUUGUUCGUCGUGUGUAUCAUUUUAUUAUAAAGCCACUUGAGUCAACUAAAGAAAAGCAGGAAGUGAAGAUAAUUAAUAAUACUUUUUGUUUUGGUAAAAAAAAAAAAAACACACUAAUGAUGAGGAAUUGUGUGUUUUUGCGAGGCGGGCGGCGGCCAUUGUAUAAUUUGUACAGCUAUGUUAGUGAAUGACAACGUGGUAUGUUCACAGUUUAAGUACGUCCAUCUUGCCAUGAUACUACUACUGAAAUCAUAGAUGAGAAUAAGCUUGCCUGUUUUUUUGCUUUUUAGGUUGUUUUUUUUUCUUCAUUAUCGCAAAAAAUACAAACAAACAAAAAAGGGUUCCCAACUAAAACGGAGUGUUAGAGCCACACUGAAGAAACUCAGCAUUAAAUUAUAAUUAUGUGACCAGAAACAAGUCGUAAUUACAGGGAAUGUUACAUUAUUGUUAUAUGAGUAGUAAAAGUAAUAAUUUCAAAAUUCACGUUUGAACCCAAACACACCAUUCUAAAUUACCACGUCUCUUUCUAGUAACCUGAUGUAUAUUUAUUGACUAGUAUAAUUAAAUAACAUUUGUAAUAACAUGGCUGGCGACCAGUCCAGGGUGUACCCCGCCUCUCGCCCAAAGACAGCUGGGAUAGGCUCCAGCACCCCCGCAACCCUCGUGAGGAUAAGCGGUAGAAAAUGAAUGAAUGAAUGAAUGUACAAUUACAUUAAACUUUUCAUAAGAACUGGCUGUGUACCCCGCCUCUCACUCGAGUUGGGAUAGGCUCCAGCAUACCUGUGACCCUCGGGUUGGGUUGGGUUUUUGCAUUAAAACACUAUUUUAUUUUCAUAUUAUUCUGACUUUUUUGUUAAAUAAUAAAAACUUCAGACCAGUCCAGGGUGUACCCCGCCUCUCGCCCAAAGAUAGCUGGGAUAGGCUCCAGCACCCCCGCGACCCUCGUGAGGAAAAAAGCGGUAGAAAAUGAAUGAAUGAAUGAAUAAAAACUUCAGACCAGUCCAGGGUGUACCCCGCCUCUCGCCCAAAGAUAGCUGGGAUAGGCUCCAGCACCCCCGCGACCCUCGUGAGGAAAAAGCGGUAGAAAAUAAAUGAAUGAAUAAAAACUUCAGUGUGUCCCUAAAAAAAACUGAAAAAAUAAAGUAUAAAAAAUAAAAAAUAAAAUUUUUAAAAACUUCACUGUGUACCUAAAAAAAUUUUUGACAAAAUAAAGUAUAAAAAAUAAAUAAAUAAUUAAAAAAAAAAACUUCAGUGUGUCCCUAAUACUCCUUCAUACCCUACCAGCAUUUAGCAGAUAUAGAAAGGUAUAUAAUACCGUAAUCCCCCCCCCCACUUCACCUUUAUAUGUUAGUCCUCUGUUCAAAUUUUCAUCAAUCCGUCCCCUAUUUAAAAGAAAAAAAAACAACAAAACCCUGUGAAAUAAUAAUGAAAAAAAAUAUCAUUGCUGCAUUAUUGCCUUUUAACAAUGCUGUGUUUUUGGAUGUAAUUAUAUUGUAUUUUUUAUUUAUACUGUACUUAAUCAGUUGGAUCAAGGGUCAUUUGCUUUUCACGUGUAAUUUUAGGAGCUUGUAUAGUACAACGAUGACAUGUUUAAUAAGAUAAAUGUGAACUUAUAGUCAGCCUCUGACUAAGUGACAGCGUCUGGCACCAAGCACAAUACAACCAAAUGACUCUGCUCCAGCUAGGGAUGGGCAUUGGACUACAUUAUCUUGACCUGACGAUCGAUUUUUUUUAUUUUUAUUUUUUUUUAAUUCUUAACAGGAUGUUAGAGUGUCUCUGUGAAUGUUCUGAACUCCUGUCCUGACAGCGAUCUGAGCAGAAUCACGCUGCAAGAAUGUAGCUCAUUCGUUAUGAGUUCAGACUGGAUCUACAGCACCUCUGCUGGUUAGAAUCGUGUAGUACAACGUCGUUUCGCCUCAAUUGCUUCAAGACGCAAAUAAUCAAUAAAAACAAUCCAUGUAUCUAUCUUGCCCAUCCCUGGUUUCUGUACCACCUCUGAUAGUAGUAAGUUUGUUUUUUUCCAUCUGGACAUUGAACUUAAAGCCAUGCACCAAAAAGAAGCUGAUAUUCAAAUUGGGAAAAAAAUAAGUUGUUCUCCGUUGUGUAAAUGUACUUGCAAGCAAUCUGAGGCUGUAAAACCCUCCACGCUAAUUGAUAGUGUAAUAAAAAACAGAAUGACCCAUCAAA